AUGGCCACAUUUAUCUUCACCUGCACGCUUGCCGUUCUCUCAAUAGUGCAUGCACAACCUCAUCCUACAGGGGGAGCAGCCUAUGUAACAUUUCACGACCGCCUUUAUGUCCAAGGGGGCGACCUCGGCGGCGGUAACCUUGUCAACCAAUUCUAUUCCUUGGAUCUUUCCCGCAGUUGGCAAACUAAUAGCCCCGUAUGGAACGCGCUCCCUUCCGGUCCCAUCAAUGCAUAUCAUUCUGGUGGCUUCUCAGCAGAAAUGAAUUCUUUUGUAACAUUUGGACGUGAAGUUGGGUCACCUUAUACAACAUCCAACUUUAUCAAUAUAUUUUCAACUAGCACAGGAUCAUGGAUCGGAACUGGCUCGACGAUGAUCGCUGAUCCAACACGUCGUGACAUGGUAGCUGCAUCAGAUCCUUCCCCUGGAGGCCAAAUUUACUUUAUGGGUGGUGACACAGGUCAGACAGGCACAGGACAUUCGAAUGCUUUUGACAUCUACAACUUGAAAUCCAGUGUAGUCUCUGAAACAAAUGUGCCACUUCCUGGUCCGCAGAACUUACAGGGUGGCGCUGCAACCUGGCUGUCCAGCAGGAAUGCGAUGCUAGUCAUCGGAGGCCUAUCCGACAAUGCAGAGAGCAAUGCAGUGUAUCUAUUCACGCCUAAGCCUGUAGCCUUAUGGGGCUCCUCCAGCACAACCAAUGGCAACACCAGCACCAACUACAGCUCUGAUGCACAACCAGGGAACUAUGGUGGCUCGUCUAGUGGACCAAACUUGAAUGUUGCGAAUGGCGGAAAUGGAUGGACCGUGCAGGUAUGUUUUAAUUAUCUAUAUGAUGAUUGGGAUAUGGUCAUGAUGCAAUAUGAUCUCUGUGAACAGGUUACAUAA